AUGAAUCGUCUAUUUGGGACCAAAAGUGCGGCUCCAAAGCCAACGCUGGAUGGCGCAAUCAGCAAGGUCGACGACCGCGUCGCCAGUAUCGAUGUGAAACUCGCCGCGCUCAACUCCGAGCUAUCAGCCUACCAAGCCAAGCUUGCCAAGAUGCGAGACGGCCCCGGAAAGAACGCCUUGCGUCAAAAAGCCCUCAAGGUGCUACAGCGGCGUAAGCAGUACGAGGCCCAGCGCGACCAACUUUCGCACCAAUCGUGGAACAUGGAGCAAGCAGGCAUGAUGCAGGAUAACUUGAAGAACGUGAUGACAACCGUGGACGCAAUGAAGACUACUACCAAAGAGCUGAAGAAACAGUACGGCAAAGUCAACAUCGAUAAGAUCGAGCAAAUGCAGGAUGAAAUGGCCGAUUUGAUGGAGGUUGGAAACGAGAUUCAGGAAAGCAUUUCGCGCGCCUACGAUGUCCCCGAGGAGGUGGAUGAGGCGGAUUUGGAUGCUGAGCUAGAGGCGCUUGGUGAAGAGUCCAUGUUCGAUACAGGUAUAGGCGAGGAUGCCAUGCCAAGUUUCCUACAAGACGAAGUUGCACCACCACAAUUUAUCGAUGAGCCACCUGAACAAACGAAGGUCAAGGAAGCUGCGGGUGGUCUUGGCUAG